AUUUGUUCCUCGGUUUCGUAGGAUAGUUUUGAGUACAGUAUUCGGUUUUUUGAGGAACAUGUCUGGUGAUAAUCUAGUGACUGAUGACGACAGCGAACUUCGUGAUAUGGUGGCUAAUCUUCUCGAAAGAAAUGGCACUCUUGCUAAAAUCAGGGCCCAGUUGAGAGCAUCCGUAUUUCUGGCGUUGGACGAAAAGGAAGAUGCUCUGGUGAACCAGCCGCUGAUGAAUCAUCAGAUGAAGAACUUUUUAAACACUGAC